AUGCUACGGGGCAAAAGCAAAGAUGUGCCGUCCCCCCUGCACCUACAAGGUCAGGGGAAACGCCAAGGCCUGCGCUCGGUAGUGGCCGCGAGCGUGGGCACUUCCAACCGGCUCCUGUUCAUCAGGGACACCCUCUCUGGUCGCAGACUCCUUUGUGACACAGGAGCCCAGCGGAGCAUCCUGCCGGCUACCGUGGAGGACGCCGCCGGUGGAGGCCACGGCCCACCUUUAACGUCCGCUAACGACACCCCUAUUCGCACCUAUGGCACAAAGACAGUGGACCUGUUCUUCGAGGGUCAGAGGUUUAAGUGGGAUUUCGUCACGGCUGAAAUCUCCUUCACCCUCCUCGACUUCCUAUGCGCUCACGGGCUGCUGGUGGACGUCAAGAACAGCCGCCUGCUCAACAAGUUCCAGCACCUUCUCAGUGAGUUUCCCGACUUGACGCAGCCCACCUUUUCCGCUGCCACUACCAAACACGGGGUAGAGCACCACAUUGACACUGAAGGCCCCCCUGUCUACGCUAGGGCCCGGCCCGGAUCAACCCUGACAGUCGCCAAGGCGGAGUUCGUCAACAUGGAGCGUCUGGGCAUCAUCCGCCGCUCAGACAGCCCUUGGGCUUCGCCCCUUCACAUGGUCCCUAAAUCAGCCGGUGGCUGGCGACCGUGUGGUGACUACCGCCGCCUUAACGACGCCACUAUGCCAGACCGCUACCCGGUCCCUCACAUCCAGGACUUCUCUGCACACCUGGCGGGCAAGCUGGUUUUCUCCAAGGUGGAUCUGGUGCGGGGCUACCACCAGGUUCCGGUGUACCCCUCGGACGUCCCCAAAACUGCGGUGAGUAUGCCGUUCGGGCUGUUCGAGUUUCUGCGUAUGCUGUUCGGACUUAAGAACGCAGCUCAGUCCUUUCAGCAGCUGAUGGAUUCAGCACUCGGAGACAUGUCAUUCAUCUUCGUCUAUUUAGACGACAUCCUGGUCGCCUUUUUCAGCCGCAAGUUGACUCCCAGGGAGCGCAAGUACAGCGCUUUCGACAGAGAAAUCUUUGGUCCCUAUUUGGCGGUUCGCCACAUCCGUUUCCUGCUGGAAGGCCGGAAGUUUGCGGCGCUCGUGGAUAACAAGCCACUGACCUUCUGCAUGUCCAAGGUGGCCGAGCCGUGGUCCGCCCGACAGCAACGCCAGCUUUCGUACAUCUCCGAGUACACCACGGACAUACGACACAUCGCUGGCAAGGCUAACGUGGUCGCGGGCUGCCUCUCCAGAGCGGUCAUCGGAGCUGUGCAGCUGGGCCUCGAUUACCUCCGCAUGGGCGCUGACCAGGCCUCUGACCACGGGAUUUGA